AGGUUUGUGUAAAAUGUAUCUCUCUUUUUGUCCUCAGCUCGUUGGUAACGCACGAACAUACACUUAUGUUCAGGAACAAUCAGUUAUUGAUCCCAAAGAGCAGACUUUUGAACUUCAGUCUUCAAAUAUCACUUUCACAAACAUGGUAUCUGUGGAUGAAAAAUUAACAUAUAUACCACACCCUGAAGAUCCAGAAAAAACAAUAUUGACCCAGGAGGCUAUCAUCUCUGUGAAAGGGGUCAGUCUCAGCAGCUACCUGGAGGGAGUUAUGGCCAGCACCAUCUCUACUAAUGCUGGAAAGGUAAGAGGUUCCUUCAAACUGAGAUUGGUCAAGUUUUAAGUAGUUUUGCAUGUGACUAGUGUUGGUUAAAUAACUAAAACCUAGCUGUAAUUACAUAUAGGCAGAAGUGUUUAUAGCCAUUGCAAAUCACAAGAAAAGAAGGGAGAUGAUAACUGUUAUGCUGGGGCAGUAGCAGCAGAUUUGUGGCAUUUCACUUGUACAUCCAAAAGUACUUGUCUGGAAAAAUCUUUAAAAACUACGAGAUGACUAGUCAACAGCUUAACGUUCUCUCCAGACCAGUCGCUGCAUGAAGUGGGUUUACGUGUUUCAGGCACGCCGU